AUGGGCAAAGCACUUUCUAAGCUAUUUGGAAACAAGGAAAUGCGGAUAUUAAUGUUGGGUCUAGAUGCCGCGGGAAAGACCACCAUUCUCUAUCGGCUCAAGCUCAAUAACGCCGUGACUACUAUCCCAACCGUCGGGUUUAACGUUGAAACAGUGUCUUACGAUAACAUAAGGUUCAAUGUGUGGGAUGUUGGUGGUCAAGAGAAAAUACGUCCCCUCUGGAGACACUACUUUACGGGUUCUCAAGGUUUGAUAUUUGUGGUGGACAGUGCUGAUAGGGAGCGUAUUCGCGAGGCUCAAGUUGAGUUGCACAGAAUAGCCAACGAUCGUGAAAUGCAAGAUGCCAUCAUAUUGGUAUUUGCCAACAAACAAGAUCUUCCUAAUGGUUUGUUCUAUGUCUUUACCAUUCUGCUCAGAGAGGGUCGCAAACUUAAUGUUUUUAAGCCUAUUUUUGAAUCUCACUUGUUACCGAAUUACAUUUACCACCCAAGAACGGCGAUUUUUGACAACGGAGUGUAG